AUGCUUGAAGAGCUUCGAGCAUCGAAGGUCGUGGACUUGUUGAUCAAUACACAGCUCACUCCAUCGCAGGGCGCAGUCUACAAUGCAGCAGUGCAGUUGUGCAAAAAAUACGACGCAAUGGAUGACUUGCUUGAAAUAGUCACCAUCACUCCUGAUGUGGGGCCAUGUUCUAUUUGCCAUGAUGCCAUGGACGCAACUGGCGCAGUCGUGGUCCAAGUACCCUGCGGCCACCAUUUUCAUAAAUUUUGUGUACGCAAGUGGUUUGUUUCGCAGAGUCAUCUUCGCUGCCCCUUGUGUAAUCAGGUCUUCGGAACAUGGACCUAA